UCGUGGGCGCCGGCGUGGCGGGGCUCGGGGCGGCCCAGCGCCUCCUCUCGGGCUCCCUGCGGCGGCGGCGGCGCCGGCCCUUCUCCGACGUGCUCCUGCUGGAAGCCUCCGGCCGAGCGGGAGGCCGCAUCCGCUCCGGGAAGCUGCGUAAGGCCGGAGGGGAGCUCCCAGAGGCGCCCCCGGGAAGUCGCUUGGCCCUGUGGGAGUGGCCCGGUUUGAGGCCGCUUUAACUGCCCGGGCUCAACAAACGACAGUUCCCAGAGUUCCACAGCACUGAGCCGUGGCAGUUACAGACUGCGGUGUCAAAGCGGGUGAUUGCUGCAGCGCGGAUGCAGCCCUCCAUUUCUCUAAUGACUUGGGAAUAACAACUCCUCGCUUCCGACAUUCUCGUUGUCAGCCUCCUUUCAGAGCUGCCUCCCGGGGCUUCCCUCUUCUGGAGGCCCCUUCCUUCCCGCCUCCUCCUCCUCCGCCAUUCCCUCCUUUGCUUGCAGCAGGGGCCAGGCUCCCCAUUGGCCUCCUCCCAGAACCACCCCAUGCGCAACCCUUAGGAAUGCUUCCCCUAUUCAUGUUAAUUCUCACAUAUCACUGAAUAUCAUGUCCCUCACAUUUGCUGCUUUGACUUUUGCAGGUUUGAUUAUUCACAGAUGCUACUGUCAAUAUGUUCUCUCUAGGAAUAUCUAGGUCCUCCGGCACAACUCUGUGGUCAACUUUAAGCAGAAGCUGCACUGAAGAAACCAGAGAUCCCUAGAGAGGACACUCCGCUGGGCAUUUGUGGCUCCUCCAGCGCAGUUCUGUGCUCAGUGUCUGGCAGACAUUGGCCACAGAGGAGUUUAUCACACUGGGGCUAAUUUCAGCAUUAAAGAGAGAUUAAAGCACAUUUAAAGCAUCCUGCAAAUAAAGCAAAAAUUGCAAGUAAUUGCACAAAUGAUUAUCACAUACAAUUGCACAAAUAAAGGGAUAUCGGAAAUGCAUUGUUACUGAAAUGCCGAAAGGCAAAAGAUCCAUGUUAAUGCUUCUUUGUGGCCACUUUAAUGGCGGGUUUUGUGCGAUGUCAUAUGAAAUCGUUUCACAUAAUUACACAAUUUUCCCGGGAUAUCCACAGGAUAAACUCCCUGUCUCCUUCGUGUGAUAAACUGCAGAGUUGUACUGGACAACCUGGAGAUUUCUAGAGAGGUGUUCUCUCCAGUAAAAACAUAUGUUUGUUAUUUGCGGUUUUUUCACGUUCACGAGGGUCCUGUGCCCCUAACCCCAGCGAAUGUGGAAUGACAGUAGCUGCGACAUAACAUUAAAAUGAUACCUUUAAAUUACAAUAUAUGUAUUUACAUGUACAUAGUUUCAUGAAGUUAAAGUGAAAUUUGGUAAGAUUUGAUGUUUUUAAAGAAAAAAAUUAAAAGAAUUUUAAAAAUAUAAAUUUUAAAUAUAAAAAUUAAAAGUUUAACAAAAAUAAAACUCAAGGCCUCUCUUUUUCUCCCCACUGAGCCUUGCCCCAGUCCAGCCUUUUAAAGGGAUGCAGGCCAAUACCAGAGCCCAGUUCUGCUCAAAGGCCAUUGUUUGGGGAGUAGUGGUGUCACCUUAGGUAGGGUGUCAUCUGGUGUGACCUGCACACCCUAUUGACCCCCCUGUUUCCUUGCAUCUCACCUGUCUCCCACUUUCUCUCCUUCCUCUCUUGGUGCUUCACCUUGCAUCACUGCAAAGCAGUAUCAACUACUUUGGGUGCAGAAGGCAGGCAGGUCAAGGAAGCAGUGUCCUUAUCAACAUGAGGAGAUAAGGUAGUUGAGAUUGGUGCCCACUGGAUCCAUGGGCCUUCAAGGGAGAAUCCUGUGUUCCAGCUUGCUUCAGAGCAUGGAUUACUAGAUGAGGAUGCUAUGUCUCAGGAGAACCAACAAGUGGAAGCAGGGGGACAUCCUGUGGGGCCAUCAGAAAGCUAUUCCAGCCAGGGCCACGUGCUGAACUCUGACAUAAUGAACUCCAUGGGUCUCCUUUUUUUUACUCUCUUAGAAGAAUCACGCAAGUUCCUGCAUGCAGACAAAGUACCUGUACCUAGUGUGGGUGAAUACAUAAAAGAUACAAUAGUUCAGAGGAUGAAGGAAUGGGCUGAUGAUGAUAAGACAAAGUCCUUGAAGCUGGCGAUCCUCAACAUGUAUUUCAAGUGGGAGUGCUGUGUGAGUGGAACUCAUAGCAUGGACCUGGUGGGCUUGGGGCCCUUUGGAGAGUAUGUAAUGCUGCCAGGACUGGACUGCACCUUUCCCAAUGGUUAUGAAGGACUCACAGACUGCAUAAUGUCAACUUUGCCCAAAGGGACUGUGCUAUUUAAUAAACCAGUGAAGACAGUUCACUGGGGAAGCUCCUACUUGGAAGAGUCCACAGGCCGCUUCUUUGGAGUUCAAGUAGAAUGUGAAGAUGGCGAGAAAUUCUUAGCUGAUCAUGUCAUCAUCACAGUGCCUCUAGGUUUCCUCAAAGAACACCAAAAUACAUUUUUCAGUCCUCCACUUCCAUCCCAGAAGAUGGCAGCAAUAAGAAAGCUGGGAUUUGGAACAAACAAUAAAAUAUUUUUGGAAUUUGAGCAGCCUUUCUGGAAGCCAGAUUGUGAAUUUGUUGAGGUAGUAUGGCUGGAUGAAUCACCUCUGGCUGAACCACCCAGUGAUUUAAAGGUUGCCUGGUUUCAAAAAAUUGCUGGUUUCAUUGUUCUCCAUCCACCAGAAAGGUAUGGACAUAUCCUCUGUGGCUUCAUUGCUGGGAAAGAAUCUGAAUUCAUGGAAACUCUUACAGACACUGAAAUUUUCACAACCUUAACACAAGUAUUUCGUAGAGCAACAGGAAAUCCACAUCUUACUCCACGGAGUAUUCUGAGAUCUAAAUGGCACAGUGAACCUUAUACCAAAGGGUCAUAUAGUUACGUGAGUGUUGACAGCUGUGGAGAUGACAUUGAUAUACUUUCUCAACCCCUUCCUGAGGAAGCCUGUAAUUCCAAGCUACCUGAGGUUCUUUUUGCAGGAGAGGCCACACAUCGCACAUUCUAUUCAACAACUCAUGGGGCCUUGUUGUCUGGCUGGAGAGAAGCAAAUCGCCUUAUCCACAUCUAUGACAAGUCUGAAUCCCUACAUGCUAUGCUGUAAACAGCUAAAAGUAGUUCUCUUUUGCUGAUGAUUACCUCCUAAGUAAUCAGUAGAAAUGGUAAAUCACUGUACCCCUGCUGCAAAAACACACAAAAUCUAAAUUACAGCAAUUGGAGAAGAAUUCAGAUAUACAGUAGCUGUGUUAGUUUGGAAUAUCAGUAUGCAAAGUAUCUUACAGCACAUUUUACACUAAAAGUGCAAAAGCUUUCAUAAUUUGGUAGAUUUCCUCAGAUGCGUUGAAUAAAUUGGUGUGCAGGAAGAACCUUUAUAAUCAGACUAUAUGAAUAGCCAGAGAAUUGAAAAUCUUAUGGGUAUCACAGGUUCGCUUUCAAUUAUGGUCGUUGAAGGACAAAGGCAGGAAGAAGAAAUAUGUUACCCAAGGCCAGGGUGGGAAGAUUGCAAAGAGAAUCAGCUAAUUAUGAUACCUCCACAAACUCCAGUCCAUCAACAAUGGGUUGAACAGAGGUAAUGGCUUCCUGGCACACUGCACAUAAUGUAAUACUAGCUAACACCCCAGCAUCACACUCUUAGCCAGUUUAUUAUAUCUCCAUUCUGGUUCCCAGCCUGCACACACCACAUUUCAGAACUCCCUCCACCAUUCAUAAGGUAAUCCAUCCACCCUAACCUUAGGCAAUAUCUUUCCAACUGCCCUUGUCCCUCAACAACUAUAGUUAAAACUGAACUUGUCACCUCAUCACCAUAUCCACAAGUUUUACAUUUCUAAGCCUAUUAUUAUUAUUAUUAUCAUCAUCAUCAUCAUCUUAUUACAAAGGUCCUUCCUAGGCAACACAUCACUCCAUGCAUCUGAGGAAGGAGACCAAGUCUACAAAAGCUUAUGCUACUGCAUAUUAAUCUCAAAGAUGCUGCAAGAUCCCUUAGCAACUGAAGAAGUUGGCUUUAAAUUUGCCUGGUUGCAACUUUACUUUUGCCAACUAAACAUGCAGUUGUUAAUCUGAACUAAGGUGCACCCACUGAAUCAAUAGAAUUUAAAUGUCGGUUUGCCAAGUUCCUUGGGGUUUAGCCUAAUUGGAAUUGGAUAUAGGUUACAUUAUUACCUAUUUAGAUACUGAAAAAUUUAAGAAGUUCUAGGACAGGGUAGGCAACCUUUUUGAGCCGGGGGCCAGGUUGCUGCCCCUCAGACAACUGGGGGGCCGAAGCCAAAAAAUG